AUGGCGACAAACGGUAAUGUUAAUCACCAUGAUCAGUAUCCUGCUCCAGCCCAGACAUCAGAGACCACGGCCAAUGCCGAUAGCUCGACCAGAGAUCUUCCAAAGGAUGAGGUCGGCUGGUACUUCGUUGAGCAGUAUUACACAACUUUGAGCAAGUCGCCUGAGAGGCUGCAUCUUUUCUAUGGCAAGAAGUCCCAAUUCGUUUCCGGUCUCGAGGCCGCGAUCGUUCCGGUUUCAGUCGGUCGCCAGGCUAUCCAGGAGCGCAUCAAGGAGAUGGAUUUUCAGGACUCCAAGGUCCGCAUCUCUAACGUCGACUCGCAAGGCUCAGAGCAAAACAUCGUUAUUCAAGUCAUCGGUGAGAUUGCGAACAAGGGCGAGGAGUCCAAGAAAUUUGUGCAGACAUUUGUGCUCGCGCAACAACCGUCUGGCUAUUUCGUCCUCAACGAUAUCCUGAGAUAUAUCGACGAGGAUCAGGAGGAGGUGGCUGAGCCGGCCGCAGAGGCCGCAGAGGAACCCACCGCUCCCGCCGAAGUUCCGGCCGCCGACGAAGCUGAAGCUGAGCCGGAGGUCACUGCUGAUGAGCAAGCUGCCCCAGAGCAGGAACCCGCUCAACUGGACACCACCGUUGUUACGCAGAAGCUGGAGGAGGCUGCCGUCGAGGCACCUGUUGCUGCCGAAGAGCCCGCUGUUGAGCCUGCUGUUGAGGCCCCGGAGCCGGCCCAUACGGAGCAAGCGCAGACGCAACCCGACGUAGAGAAGACGGUUGAGGAAAUCGCCGAGGAGGAGGUCAAGAAGCCUGAGGAACCCAAGGACCCCAGCCCCACUCCCGCAGUCGCACCCGCUACCCGCGUUGCGGCCCCCGCUCCCGCACAACCCGAAAAGCCCAAGGAGCCCCCGAAGCCGAUGUCCUGGGCCAGCCGGGUGGCUGCAGCUGCUGGCACGGCCCGGCCUGUUGCCCCGAUUCCGAAGGCUGCUACGCCUCCUGCUGCUGCACAGCCACGCGCUCCGGUCCCUGCGCCCGCCCAGCAGCCUGCGCCCGCCGCACAGCAAGCGCAGCCGGCCGAGAGCUCCGCGGCCGCCCCCACCCCAAAGGACCAAGGCAAUGAAUGGCAAACCGCAGAGACCAAGCGGCAGAGUCGUACUCAGCCGGUGUCUGCCGCCCCGGCUGAAAAGGAGGGUACCAUGGCCUACAUUAAGUAUGUCACCGCAAAGGUGAGAGAUGAGGACCUGAAAGCCGCGCUCUCCGCCUUUGGUGAGCUGGCCUAUUUCGACAUCAAUCGCACAAAGAAUUGCGCCUUUGUGGAGUUCAAGACUCAGGCUGGGUACAAUGCUGCGGUCGCCGCCAAUCCCCACACUGUGAACGGCGAGAACAUUGUGGUCGAGCAACGCCGCCCGAAGGCCAACGCGUACGGUGGCACCAACUAUAACGCUUCGCGCGGAGGUGCCGGCGCCCGUGGCAGUCGUGGCGGCUACGAGCUUAGUCGUUCUGGUAGCCAGGGCGGCCGUGGUGGUUUCACCGGCCAGUCUAGAGGGCGUGGCGGGGCUGCCCGGGGCCGAGGGGCUGCUCAGGCCGGCACUGCCUAG